CAUACGCAGUUACAACAAAGAGAAAAGAAACUCAUGGUCUGGCAACAUUGGCACCUAUUCCAUCCUGCUACUGCGCCUCGUUUAUCAGUGUCAAACACAAGAGACGAAGCUUGGUUGUAGGUUGAGUGAAUAUCGUUCUGCUGUGCAACUUACAUCGUAUAUAAGUGUAAGGACCUUUUUACGCCGAAUAGAUAAGAGGGUUAGAAUGGCUCCUGCAAAGGCUGAUGUGGAAUGUGUAGUCAAGAGCAGUAAGAGGAAGGAGAGUGAGGACACUGGCUUAUCAAGCAUUACCUCCUCCCUGACUUGCAUUACCCUUAACACUGACUCCGAAAAGGAUUUGGCUGUGCUGGAAGCUGGUUUCUUGCAAAUUAGCUUGGGUGAAAAGCCUGUGCAGUUGGAACACUUGGAAAAACAAGUAGAGCAGGAGGAAGAGAAAGAAACACAAGUAGAACAAGAAGAAAAGGAAGAAAAGCAAGUAGAGCAGAAAGAAAAGAAGGAUGUGAGUGAUGAAGAAGGAGAGAGAGACAGUGAGGAGGAGGAAGACAAUGAGAAGAAAAUCAUUGCUGUGAAGGUAUUUCAUGAAUGUAAAUCGAGGGAAGAUGGCAAAGAAGAGGAAAAAAAGAAGGAAGAAAAAGAGAAUGAAGUAAAGGCAGUUAAAGUAGAGUCACUGGACAAAUUGGACUUGAAAGAGAAGGAGAAAGAGGUGGUGCCUGAUGAUGAAGACAAAACAAAGGAUAAGAAAGAAUAUACGAAGGAAGAGGAAGUGUCUGAUAGUGAGAAUCUUAGUGAUGGAGAUAAUCAAAAUAGUCAACCUCAACCAAAAGACGGAAAACUUCGUUCUCGAGGCUUUGGUAAUGCUAUGAGUCAGAAUUGUAUGAACAAUGAGGCUUACCAUCAGCAACAUUAUCCACAAAACCAAGAAAUGUGGUCCCAACAACAUCAGUACCCUGCGUUCUUGGUUCCCCAGCAUGUGGUACAGGAGGGAGGCUAUCCUGGCUCUUCUCCCACUGGUGCUUUGGAUAAGUGGCAUGGAAGUAGUCAGCUUGAUGCACUGAGUGACAAUACUUUCAUCCAAAGCCUUGGAGAAUACAGCCCUGCCUCCUGUACCUCAGUUGAAGAUGACAUGACCAGUGUGUCAUAUGGCUACAGUGCAGAAUCUCCACUGGGUUACCAGAAUGCCUUACCCAUCAACAGCCCUCAGUAUCAAGAAAGCCAAGCCUCACAAUACCAAAAAUACCAUGACUGCCAGCCUUUACUCUACCACCAACAGGAGGACAACCAAGCCUUAUCCUUCCACCAGGGGCUAUCGCAGAACAUUCAGUACCAGGAAAACAAAGCCGCACCCUAUUACCAAGGGUCACCACAAAUUCUCUCACCACUGUCAUACCAGGAAUCACCAUCUCCUAUACAGAUUCUCUCCAACUCCCACUUAACUCAGAGCCAGGGGACACACCCAACAUUCCCCACUCCCCCAGUUAGCCCACAACCUACCACAACUUCAAUUCCUGUCAGUCAUUCAGAAGAUGAUAUUGAAGAGAUCAUCAGCUACGUCAUGGAUGAGGUUCCCCUGGAAAUUUCCCACAAUGAUAGUACAAUUGAGAGUAUCAUAAGGAAUCUCUUGGAAAUUCGGAAUGGCUGCCAUCGUAGUCUUGAGGAAAUUCUUGAUAAAGAAUUGCUUGAUCUUCAUAUUAAGGGAUUUGCUAAAAUGAAGAAUGAAGAUCUGGUUACAGGGGAUGCAGAUGGAGACAUAUACUACACAAGAAUCCUCUGCACGGGCCAGAUGGAGCCAGAAUACAAUGAGAAGAUAGCAGCCUGCACCAAGCGUAUUGAGAGGAUGGACUUGUGCUGUGAUACAGUAGUGGACUGGCAUGUGAAGCAGUGUCAAAUAUGUGGCAACAGUGACUCAGAAACCUUUUAUUCCCCACUCAGCUGGUGUAAUAAUCAUGGUGAGAUGCCAUUGAGUAGCUUAGUGAUGUUGCUUUUCCCUCCGCUAGUGGUUGAAUAUUUGACCAGGAAAGUGAUGCAGAGACCCAUGGACUUCAGACGCACUUUUGUCAAGAACUAUGAAUACUUCAAUGGAAAGACAAAACUCUACCCAUGCUUGCUUGAAGGUCUGAAGUUACUGCAGUCAGCAUAGAAAAAACAACAGGCCACAGCACUGGUGCUACAGCCAUGAAACUGACAAUCACUGUUAGUUUUAUGUUGUUUUAAAUCUUAACAUGUAUAUGGUAAAUUACUUAUUUCACUAUUUCAAACAUAUUAGACCAGUGGUUCUUAACCUCUUUACUACCACGUCUCCUCCAGGAAUUUGUUCUUCCCUCCAUGCACCCCCUCCCCCCGGAGCAUACAUGAAUACAGUUCCCUCCAAGAUUUUAAAGAAGGCAAUACUUCUGCAUUUUUUCAUAAACUUUUCAUUACUUGAUCAUCCUCUUGUUAAGAGAAUGACAAAUAUAAUUAGAAAAUCACUGCUUUUCCUAAGGGUUCUUGCCUCCUUGGAGAUUACUGAUGCCCCCUAGGUUAAGAACCACUGCAUUAGUCAUUUGAGAAUCUUUCUUCUUUUUGUAGUGAAUGCACACAUCUUAUCUGCAUAUUGUAGUUAAGCUGGGAUAUUAUCAUUAUUUUGUUCCCAGCUUAUUAAAGGUAAUGGAGAGGAAUGAAAACAUUAUAUUGACACAUUAUCUUCCUGUAUUUUUAAAGGAAAAUGUUAGCAAUUCACCUCAGAAGUAAUAUACUAUCUCUGAGAAGUAUGUAGCAUUUUAUAUAAGUGGUAUGAAAAAUUGCAUUGUAUCUGCCAUAUCCCAUAACAUUUCAUUAGUUUUUUCCAUUUUGCUUCUUUCUUAACCUUCAGUCACCUCCUUUCACCCCCUAACUGCUUUGUAUUUUCCUAAGAAACUGCUCUUUGUAUUUAAGUUGUCUUAAAAUGGAAGAGUAAUUUCUGACAUCCUAAAAAAAAUCAGUCUUAAAUAUUAUGUAUUUUUUUCAUCAUUAUGGUGCUCACUUGUUUUAAUUUGCUUCAUGAUUAAUGGUGUCUAUGGAUAUUCUGCCUUUAGUAAUACUGUAUACCAUUUAAUGUAAACUUAGUCAUGAUCUUUCUGAUAAUUCCCAUGAAACUAGGUAAUUACCAGUAUCAGUACUACUAAAGAAUAUCUGAACAACAGAGAAUAUUUGUAGAGUAGAGGUAGAUUUUAUGUACUCUAUAGUUUCACAUUUAUAGCAGUAGUGACCAUUCAUAAUCUAAUGUUGCUUUUGAACUUUGCUUCAUAUAUUGUUGUGCAUUGUUUUGUGGCUACCAUGGUACAGAGGGACUGCACAUGCUUUUGGGGGCCAAAGGUUCUUUAGGUAUAUAGGUUUGAAUCCUGGACGUGGUCUGAGGGUAAGAAGUGCAUCUACUCGAUGUAGUUUCCAAAUGCCAAAAUCAAGUCUUUCAUUAGGAGGCACCAUCGUAGCCUUAAUGAAAUAUGAAAAAGUAGAUGUAAAAAAAGAUAAUAAAUAAGAAGAAAUAAAAAAAA